AUGGCAGACCCUGAGCUCCCUCCCUCCGAUGCCUCGAAGGCCGCGGAACACGAGCAGUAUGUGGGGAAAGCAUCCGCUGACCGACUCCGCGGACUUCUGUCCUCAGCCGCCGGCGAAGAGCGAGUAUUAGCGACAGUGAACUAUGUCGCCUCAAUUUUGCAUCACUUGUGCGCAUCCGCGCCCUGGAUCGCGUUACAAACUCGACUUUCCCUUCUUGCGCGCCUGAAAGGCCGAGCCGCAUCGCAGCAUGUGAAACCCGCCCCGGCGGGAACGAAAUCGAAAUUCGCUGCCCUUUCUUCCCUCGCCUCAGAGACACGUUAUAACCUGCGUCUUUUCGGCCUCAUUCCUCUCUGGGUCUGGGGAUCCGAGACUCUUAGAUCGCCACCUGCCGACCCCAUCAUCCGCACGCUGACCAUCCUACAAGUCAUCUCCAAUGUGAUCUACCAAUUCCUGGAGAACGUGUCAUACCUUGCGUCGAAGGGUGUUAUCUCGAAGAAGUUCAUUGACAAGCACGGAGGACCUGGGAUUUGGGAGAUGUGGAGCACGCGCGGCUGGUUCGGACACAUCUUCUUCGAAUUCUUUGUCCUUUGGCGUCAACACGUUCUGCGCAAGAAGCGCGUCGCAGCACAACGCGCCGCAGCGGGUACCAUCGAGACCAAGGAAACCAAGGCCGAGGACGCUGAAGCUAUGCGCCUGGAGACCCGCUCAUGGCGAAAGUCUCUUGUCAACAACACUCUCUGGGCUCCUUUGUGUCUUCACUGGUGCUUUGAAAAAGGCAUUGGCGUCCCUGACCACCUUGUUGGGGUUAUCAGUCUCGGCGCUGGCAUUUGGGGUAUAUGUGACACUUGGGCGGCAACGGCCAAAGCAUGA